AACUACAACGAGAGCAACACGGUAUUGCCACCAUGGCUGACGAGGACACCAAGCUCUUCGAUCAGUGUCGCAUCUGCAUUGUGUGCUCGAAUGAUCUUCCUCUGGAGACUGCAGAGCAGCUUGCUGCAGUAAUCGGAGAAUAUGGCGGCGAACCCUCAAUACACGAGUCUAGCCCCGAAAAAGAGGACACUAUUGAAUGUACUCACAUUGUUGCGAACAACACACACUUCCAAACCUACGACCUCGCUCGCAAGACUCUUAUUCCCGUGGUGAAGCCCUCGUGGGUGCAUAACUCGCUAGCGAAGCGGAAAGUAGCCAACCCCCGUCAACACAGCCCCGAUCCACGGCUCUUCCUCAGCGACGUGGUCGUUACCUGUGGUGAUAUUCCAGAAGGCGACAAGGAUGCGAUUAUUGGCGGGGUGGUGGCCAAGGGUGGAUUAUACAGUCCUCGAAUGACUGGAAUGGUUACCCACCUGGUGGACUUGACCGUGGGAUCGGACAAGGCACAACUGGUACAGGGCAAGAAGUUGCGUGUAAAGAUUGUUUUGCCACACUGGUUUGACGACUGUCUGAAACUCGGUCAACGCAUUGAUGAACGCCCGUACACACUUCCAGACCCCGAGAUCCUCCGCCCAGGUCUCGAUACUCCCAUUCGAUCAAAUGAGAACAAGGGUCUGGCAGGGGCAUCCAUCCCUGAACCCUCCAUACUGCCCACCCCACCAAGUAUUUCACGUACCGGCGACCAAUCGAGUGUCUUUGCAGGCAAAGCCAUCAUGCUCUCUCCAGAUCUGGGCAUUGGCUCACAUAUGCUGGAAUCCAUCGAGGCCGUGCUCACGCAAGGUGGCGCUACGAUAACAUCCAAGGUCGAGGAUGCGGACUGGUUGAUUUGCCGAUUCCGAGAGGGCUUUGUGUAUAGGACGGCAUCGCGCUUGGAGAAGAUUGUUGGCAAUCUCGCCUGGCUGUACCAUCUUAUGACAUUUGGCACUUGGACUCGACCCUUGACUAAGCUCCUGCAUUACCCCGUGUCGCGCACACCUAUUCCUGGGUUCGAAGGGUUGAAGAUCAGCCUGUCCAACUAUGUUGGCGAGGCGAGAAUCUACCUCGAGAAUCUCGUUGCAGCAGCGGGUGCUGAGUGCACCAAGACGUUGAAACAGGAGAACACGCAUCUAAUCACCGCUCAUGGUAACAGUGAAAAGUGUAGUGCGGCACGAGAAUGGGGACUACAGGUGGUUAACCAUUUGUGGUUGGAAGACAGCUACGCCGCAUGGAAACUGCAACCGGUGUCCAACCCUCGCUACAACCACUUCCCGCCUCGGACUAACCUUGGCGAUAUUGCUGGACAGAAGAUGCUGGAUCUUGACGUUCUUGAACGGAACUUCUUCUCUAUCGAAGACAUGGAGCAGCCUUCAAGCCCUCCCCGUGCUAUGCGGGCCAGAGACCAGAAUACGGCAUCGAUGCAGCCACCCGCUGAGAAGGCUCGCAAGGAAACAGAAAAGGUUUUGGAGACUGCCGAUGGCACCCCUCAGGCCAAGACCAAAACCACUCGCCGAGCAGCGGACCACAGGCAGGCAGAGACGCCUGCGCGGUCCCGCCUGAUUCCCGAUGAUAAAGAGAACGAGACACCUUCUUCGACCAGCAGCCGCAAAUCUAAAGAUGCAGCAGCUGCCCGGCUCCAUGAAAUCGCCCCCGAUAUUGCUCUGUAUGAGAAAGAGAUGAAACGCGUUGGUGGUGUUAUCUACGGGGGCCGGCGAAAGUCCGACGAGGAUCGUGUAUCCAUCAAUUCUAAAAAGCGCCGCUCCGUUGAGCCACAAGACGAGAGCGACGGCGAACAAGCUUCGGAUGCGAAGCGACAGAAGAAGUCUCGACCACCAAUCUCUAUGCAUUUGCUGAUCACCGGCUACCAAAAGUGGGUGGGCAAGGGCAAUGAAAAGAAAGAGGACGCAGAUAAGCGCCAUCUCCGAGAUCUGGGGAUUAUGGUCGUUCAGGAUGCCCGCCGAUGCACUCAUCUGGCUGCACCUUCCAUCCUGCGCACCGCCAAAUUCGUGAAUGCACUGGCCUAUGCACCAGUGAUUAUGAGCACUGAUUUCGUCGAUAACUGUCUCAAGCAGGAUGAGUUGCUUGACCCCAAGGACUUCCCACUCGUGGACAAGACGGCCGAGUCAAAGUUCCAUAUGUCCCUUGCCAAGUCGCUGGCAAAUGCCAAGAAAAACAAGAACAAGCUUCUGCGUGGCUUCCGUGUCUACUGCAUGGAGGAUAUCCGCGGUGGGUUUGAAGCCUUCAAAUCGAUCGUGGAGGCAAAUGGCGGCGAGUGUUUGCUCUUCCGUGGCCGCCUCGCAUUGAACAACACUUCUCGACGGGAGGAAAGUGAUGAUGAAGACGAGGGGAUGCAGGACGAUGAACCCGGUCGCGACGAGGCAAUCCUUCUCAGCGGUGCUGAGCGCAAGCAUGCGCGACUCUGGCCUCGAUUCCGUCAAUUGGCCGGCGACGUCAAGCGGACCCCUCGCAUUGUGCGUGUAGACUGGCUACUCGACAUGGCCAUGUCGCAGGAACUGCGGGCGGCAGGUGACUACGAGAUAGACGAGAGCUCUAUUGAGGAUGCAGACGAGUAGGACUCUUCUCGCCAUUCAUUCAAAUCGUUGGGCUCGACGGGGUUAGUAUAAAUGGUAUGGAGUAUUAGCAGUCCGGGUUAACCGGUAAUAUGGAUGGAUUCUUUAAGCGUUUGCUGUCUAACGAAUAGCCAAGAACAAUCACAUAGAACAUAGCAAUUCAGACUCUUCAGACAACCCAUCGCCCCGUGCCAGGCACCAGCCAUCCUGUCAUGCCGGGCUUAAGUUCAUUGCAUUCAAUGAAGAUGAAGCCUUACAUCGGAGUAAGCUAAUGUCGAGGCGAAGAUUAUCGAGAGGGUUUCGCCCAGGUGGCACCGCCGAUGAGAAUAUAUCCGCCAGACUUAGUAGAAGGUGCUGCGGCCGAGGCGGGUUGGGUGCCGGGAAGAUGACUUCAUGCUGGGCCUUGAAAGACCUGAAAUGGAUACGCCACUUGAUAGUGACGACGACGUUGACUGUUCCGUGCCCUCGGAGUAGCAUUUCAGCGUCUGAAUCGAGUUCGUUAGUAGUCUCGGACCAGCCAACCUCGAAGGCGUUAGCUGGACGGAGAUCAUAGCCUUCUGGAAAAAUCAUCACAUCAGGGUCCUUUUGGCUCGAGGAGUAUGGGGAUUGCGGAAUGUCUUGCGUAGUGCUAGCAACGACAUUAAGAGAGGCUAUCUCAUUUGGCGUUAGAGCUCCAGUGAGUUCCCAUUCUCGUACACAAGCAUGAAGCCAGGGUUGGGCGCAAUUAUGAGCCGGAGUUGGCAUUUUGAACCGUAAAGUCUGGGCCACCGCAUUCCAGGUUUUCCU